AUGCAACAAAACGAGGCUCAAGCUUCGAUCCCAGAUCAACCGGGAACCCCACCACGCCCACCUUAUUCCCCAGUGACACCGGUGUUUGCCCAGCUUGCGCCAGUUCCGUCCAAUGAGCCGAGAAUCGUCCCGCCACCCGCAUCUCCCUCUCCAACAUCACACUUCCCUCCACGAUACACAGAAUAUUCACAUGGUCCACAGCCCCCAGCAACUCCGCCUGUCUUCAAGCCCCAACCUCCCCCAGUCCCUAUCUCCGAGAGCGAGAAUCCAGAUGCGAUCGCACUCCGUUCCGCUAUCUCGAUCCUGCAGAUGCAGAAGCAGCAAAGCCUGCGCGAUAUCCAGGCGCUCGAUCGCAUGAAGCAGGCCGCUGCCUCUGAUCCGGAAGGAUUCGCGCACGAGUUAGCAGCAGGUCGACUGAAGACCGAGGACCGCGGGGCGGUACUCCAGUUUUCCGAGGAUAACGCGAGGGACGAUGAGGACAACGAAGAAGGAUCAAAGCGCACGAAUCCCGACGGUUCACCAGCUUCGAAUUUUGGCCAUAUCCCUGUUCCGCAGAAUGUCGUUCGCAUGCCCCCUAUCAACUGGGCCAAGUAUCAGGUGGUCGGAGAACCGCUUGAUCGCAUGCACGAAGAGCAAUUACGUCGGCCGAGUUCUGGGGAGCCGGGACGAGAGCGCGCGCCGGAACAUGUAUUGGCGUCGCCGUAUCGGCCAUUGGUGGAUCAGUUGCAGGGGUCGUCGAAGCUUGGUCGUCCUAGCAAGGCAAAAAAGACUUGA